AUUUACGUCGGAAAAGAGAUUUUUUAUGUGUACAUCGGUCUCCUCUUUUCAGAUACGAGGAGAUUUUUAUUUUUAGUGUAAUCUAUUGUGUGCGUACACUAGGUUUUUCAACCAUUGGAUUUUUUGUUAAAGAUUCAUUGACCAAGAUUUCACAACUGCAAAUUUAGAUGCAGUUGCGUAGGGCUUUAAAGUUGAAUGAACACAAACAAACUCUACUGCCCGAAAGUCGUAUGAAGAAGUCUUUUCCAUUCUGUCUGUUUCUUCGAGAUAAACAAGACUUAUUCUAUGAAAAAUCGUUCCGGCCAAGAAAAAGGCCAUAGGAUUUGAGAGAGAUCUAGCUAGUGAAGUUCACGUAGAUGGCGCUUGGUGAUCAUUUCAUCGGUAUUUGGCAUGCACGGUACACGAAUGAAGGACGGGAAAUGGAUGGUAUUAACCCAGAAUAUUUCUUAUGUCUCCAGCUAGAUACAGUUUGAUGCGCGGUGAUCCUUGAUUGAGGAUAAAUCGUAGGUUAGAAUGACAUAACUAAGACCGGUGACUUUUUAUACCUAAAAAAUGGCGCCGUCAAUGUACUUUGAAGCAUGCUAGAAUAUUUGGGAUACGAGUUUCGAAAUUCGGAAAGGGAUCGUCUCCGGAUUCCUUCUCCCUAAUCCAUCAAAUCAGGGAAUCCGUGUCAUUAAAAUUUGAUCAAACAGCUACAAAUAGAAGCCCACUCAUUUUAAAAGUUAUAAUAUCGUUAGAUCAAAUUUCAAUAUCACGGAUGCUCUUAUUUGAUGGAUUAGGAGGAAGGGAUCCGGAGACCCUAGUGGUCCGAAGUGUAACAUUUUCCAUUUUUGAACCUCAUUCAAGUUGUCGUGGUGACGGAUUUAUCAAAAUCGAAUGCCGUCUGCGGAUCGAGGAUGAGAGAAUAUGCGCAGCAACAUGAUCAAACAACGUAAAAACAACCAAAUAAAUCUGAAACUUUUGGAGAGUAUUCGGGUAAGGAUGAAAAAUCCAAAUGCACACCAACAAGAAAUGUACUUGAAAAAACCACCCCACCUCUCUCUAGCCCACUUUCCAAAUAUUCCCACUUGAGAGACAUUCUCAGGAUCCGGAUUAAAUUUAAUUUCUCUCUCUUAAUAUAAGAGGAAAUCCUGUGAGCAGUUGAUCUCCAGAGUUUGUUGAAAAGCCAUGAAAUUCGGGAAGAAGUUCAGGACCCACCUGGAGGAGACGCUCCCGGAGUGGAGGGACAAGUUCCUCUGCUACAAUCUCCUGAAGAAGCUCCUCAAGGGCUUCCCUGCCACCGCGGCUGCCAUAGCCGCGGUGGAUUCCCUCCCUCGCCAACUCGAGUUUCAGCGCCAGCCGGCAGAUGCCCAUCCGGCCGCUGCUGAUGGAGGUGAUGGUGGGUUCCACCCUUUGGCCGGACUCCAGGAUUGGUUCGUUGCGAUUCUGAAUGAGGAGCUGGAGAAGUUAAACAAUUUCUAUGUGGAUAAGGAGGAGGAGUUCGUUAUCCGUUUCCAGGAACUGAAAGGAAGAAUCGAGAGCGUCAAUGAAAGGAGCAGCAGGGGUGGUGUAUUUACAUCAGAGAGCGAGUUCAGUGAAGAAGUGAUGGACAUCCGUAAGGACUUUGUCACCAUCCACGGGGAGAUGGUGCUUCUAAAAAAUUAUAGCUCGUUGAAUUUUGCAGGGCUUGUCAAAAUUCUAAAGAAGUACGAUAAGCGAACUGGAGGAGUGUUGCGUGUACGUUUCACGCAACUAGCCGUACGCCAGCCUUUCUUUACAACAGAACCUCUCACGAGGCUAGUCCGUGAAUGCGAGGCAAAUCUCGAGCUUCUCUUCCCUUUGGAAGCGGAAAUCAUUGAAGGUACACCAACCACACAAGAUGAAACCACCCCAGACACAGGUCACUCAAACCCACAAUCCAAUGCUUCGGCAAAUAUUGCAUCUGAGACACCUUCAAACAUGGAGGCAAACAUGGAGGCAAACACGGAUAUAUAUCGUGGGACUGUUGCUGCAAUCAAAGCCAUUCAAGGCCUUCAAAACCCAAGCUCCACUUCCAGCCCAUGGUCGCUUUCAAAUCACUUAAGAAGCCAGGACGAGGAGAGCAGCGGUGCUGUCACAGCCGAAAAUUCUACGUCAAACUCUGUAGGCAGCUGGCAGAGCGAAGAGGAGGAUGACCAGUUGUAGUAGUGUUUAACCGAUCAGCUCCUGCAAUACAUCCUCCGUUUCUGAUCAAGAGGACGACAGUGUGCGUAACAGCGUUUAUCUUAAUGCUUUCGGUGUUACAUUCUUGUUUCCGCUUCUUGUGGCAACCGGAAUCCUAAACCCUAGGAGAAAUUUACCAUAGCAUAAUAGCACUAAUCUGAAAGUGGUGUAGUUCUUUCAGUAGUACUUUUCAAUGUUGUGCAGUUUUCUCAUUAGCAUUUGCUUGAAACUUAAAAUGUUGAACAACUUCACUAGAGCUAAAUCUCAUUCUGCUCUUCUUUUGUUAUC